AUACAUUUGAAUGUUGCCGUUAGCAGCAAUGGGGAGUUUUUUGUGUUGUGUGAAAGUUGAGCAAUCUACAGUGGCUAUGAAAGAAGGAUUUGGACGAUUUGAGAAGGUGCUUCAGCCAGGAUGCCAUUGGAUGCCAUGGUUCCUUGGGAAACAACUUGCUGGUCAUCUCUCUCUUCGACUACAACAAUUGGAUCUUCGUUGUGAGACCAAGACAAAGGAUAAUGUCUUUGUUAAUGUUGUUGCCUCAAUUCAAUAUCGUGCCCUGGCUGAGAAGGCCAAUGAUGCUUUUUACAGACUUAGCAAUACAAAGACCCAAAUUCAGGCUUAUGUUUUUGAUGUGAUUAGGGCAAGUGUUCCAAAGCUGAACUUGGAUGAUGCUUUUGAGCAGAAAAAUGAAAUUGCCAGAGCUGUGGAAGAAGAGCUUGAGAAGGCUAUGUCAGCUUAUGGGUACGAAAUUGUUCAAACACUGAUUGUUGAUAUAGACCCAGAUGAUCGUGUGAAGCGAGCUAUGAAUGAAAUCAAUGCUGCUGCAAGAUCGAGGGUGGCAGCUAAUGACAGGGCAGAGGCGGAGAAGAUCUUGCUAAUUAAACGAGCAGAGGGUGAGGCUGAAUCUAAAUAUCUCUCUGGGUUGGGUAUUGCUCGCCAACGUCAAGCAAUUGUGGAUGGAUUGAGAGACAGUGUGCUUGGAUUCUCAGUCAAUGUACCUGGGACGACUGCAAAAGAUGUUAUGGACAUGGUCCUUGUCACUCAGUAUUUUGAUACUAUGAAAGAAAUUGGCGCUGCCUCCAAGUCUUCUGCUGUCUUUAUUCCACAUGGACCUGGUGCUGUUCGCGAUGUUGCCACCCAAAUUCGUGAUGGCCUUCUUCAGACUUCUCAUCAGUAGCUUCUACUCUACCAAGAUCUUAUAU